AUGGAAACAAUACAAUUCGCCACGAUGGCGCAACCCCAGGAGAUGCGCGAGAAGGCGCGGGGUCGGGAUGUGUUCUUUGCGGCAUCGAAAGUGAAGGAUAGGCCGUACUCAGUGUACACGGAAUUCAUGGAGUCGGAUACCGAGAUCGAGCAAGGCGAUGAUCAUGACGACGACUCAGAAGUGUACAGUGAAUUUGGGGACCUGGAAGGAAUUGAGGAUGGCGAAUGCUCACCUCGUCUCAGUCUCGGUGGCUCGUCCGGACAACCCAGUUUCACGACCCUCUCGACACAAGACGAAGCACAAACACCCAGCUCGCUCCGCCAACGACCGUUCUUGUUCGACCACGAUGCGAAGCAGCAAGUCGAGGGUCCCAGGGGGCCACACCUGUUCCGCAGCUCCAUGUCCUCGGCGCAGUCGAUCGAGCUUCAGCACGCCCUCUCGCUUUCGCCCAUCACACCGAAAGACCCGCGCACAUUAGACUCGCAGCUACAGAACUUCCACCUCACUCCCCUCCCGAAAAAGCGGCGCGACACCGGCCCGUUCCAGUUCACAGAUGAGGAGCUCGACACCUCAGCACUCUCUGACUGGACGCCAGAGAUGGUCGCCCAACAAAUGCUCAACGCUGGGGUCGAGCUCACGGCGUCGGAAAGAUUCGUCGAGAACGAUAUCAACGGCGCCAUUCUCAUGACGCUCAAGUUUGAGGACCUGAAAGAGCUGGGGAUCGCUUCGUUUGGCGUGAGGACACAGAUCUGGGACGAGAUCCACAAGAUGAUGCAUCUCAAGAAGCCCGAGCCGAUGCCGGAGACGCCAAUUGAAGACGAGCCGGAUAAGAAGGUCAAGAAGGAACUGCGAAGGCAGGAAAGCGGUGCUGGGGCGCGCAAGCAAAAGCCCCGCGUCAAGGUCAACGACAUCAUCUCUCCCCUUGAGUCUGUGUCCAUUGUAGGCAUUGAGCAGGUCUUGCCGAAGCCUCAUAACUGCUCUAAGGGCGAGAACUGUUCCAAGUGGAAGAGGAACCAACGGUUGAUGGAGGCAUUCAAGAAGGACCACCCCUUUGUUGACGACAAGGGCAUCAUCAUGGUUGCGGGCGACCCGGGCAACCCCGAGACUGCUACUGCGCUCGUGCCCAGCGACGACUCCUUCCGGCCAGUCUCCGACGCCGUGCCAUCCGUGGUGGCUUCGUCGGACGUCAUGGGCCCCGGGAGCUUGCCUCCUCUUGGGUAUCUCCAAGCUGCCGCACUGCGCAACCUCCAGUCAAGGGACCCCCAGGAGAACGUUCGCCAAUUCCUCGACUUCCAACGGCCGCACGCCAACGCUUCAAGCGAAGUCCCUCCUACGCCGCCUUUUGAGAUCUUCCCCCAGGGAAACCAAAAGGGGGCUCAUGCCGGCCUGCGCAAGCUUCCCAAGCUCGCGAUCCCUUCGCAACCUGCUGCCGCCGCCGCCGCUGCUACCCGGCGCGAGCCACAGUCAGCCCAGGCUAGGUCCGCACGCCCGGUCUCGCAGGUCAUUCCCUCAUUCCGGGAGCUCAGCCCAUCGUCCGAUGAGGGUACUCCUACCCCGACUGCCCCGUACCGCUUCGGCACUCCGUUCUCCGAGAUGGACGUCCCUGUCACCAUCACAGAGAUUCCCGUGAUCUCUCGAGACGUCUCGCAGUCGGUCCCGCCUGACAUGAACUUCCGCAACCCUGUCCCUCGUUCCAUGUCGCGAAACACCAUCCGCCGGCCAUCAUUCCCUGUCAUGCCCGCUCUGGACGAGAACUCUAUCGUUACACCCGCGGUUAAGACCCACGGCCGUUCCUUUUCCCAGCGUACUGGGCAACGCCCCCUUCAAGCGCCUCCUCGCGCCCAGUACCCGUGGAGCCAGACCGAGCGCCCAACGCUCGAAAAGGCCGUCCCGCCUACAGCGGCGUCGGCUUCCGGUGCCGCCGCUAGCAUCCCGGGCACUAUCACAACCGGUACCGUCAAGGCCGUCAACAUCAAUGGUCGUCUCUCCCCCAUUAGCGACCAACCCCAGGUCGACAUGACUGGCGGCAACGCCAUCUCGUACCAGGGCCUCAUGCGCAAGCGCAAGACCAAGAUGCUCCGGCACGAGUGGCACGAGCACUUCUUCACGAUCCGCGGCACCCGCCUCACGAUGCACAACAAGGAAGCCGCCCAUGCGCCCGCCUCCACGGCUGCCAUGAACAAGACCCUCGAGUACAUCGACAUUGAUGACUACGCUAUCGCCUGCGGUACCGGCGCCAGCAGCUCCAAGCUCAACGCUGCCUUCAAGGCCAUGCAUAUCCGCCGCGGCAGCGACGACGCCAAGGCCAAGGACGUCGCCGCCUUCAGCUUCCAGCUUAUCCCCCAGGACUCCAAGGGCGGCAUUAAGCUCCGCAAGAGGGAGAGCGCCCUGCCCGGCAGCACCAUGGUUGCCGCCGCUGGUGUCAUUGGCAAGGACAGUGUUAGCAGCGGCAGCAGCAGUGUCAAGGAUGUCCCGCCUCCUAUCGAGGGCGCGACUAACGGCACCGGCAAGACGCAUCAUUUUGCGGUCAAGGGCCGUGAUGAGCGGAUUGACUGGAUGCGUGAGCUGAUGCUGGCUAAGGCGAAGAAGCAGAAGGGUGAGGGCUUUGAGGUGAGCGUGAAUGGGAACAUGAUUUGA